AUGACAUCCGAGCCCCUGCUGGGCGAAGUGACGGAGAAGGCAGUGGAGGGCCUCGGGUGCUGCGCGCGGGCCCUCGAAGGCUUCCGCGACUUUAUCUCCCGCGGAGAUGUCGUUUCCCUGGCGGUGGCCGUGGUGGUGGGGAGCUCGUUCUCAGCUCUGGUGGACGCCUUUGUCGCGGACUGGCUGACGCCGCUCAUCGCCGUCUUCUUCAGAUCCACCGGCGAUUUUGCCGAGGCCAGCUUCGAGGUCCACGGCUCCGUCUUUAAAUACGGCGACUUCAUCAACGCGUUCACCACGUUUUUGGCAAACUGCCUGGUCAUCUACUUCCUGGUCGUGCUGCCCAUGAACAAGCUGGUGGCCAGCCGCGCGGCGGCCGAGGAGGCGGCGGCGCCAGAGCCCCCCUUGCUGCACACCCGAGAGUGCCCAGAGUGCCUGUCCGAAAUCCCCGCCCAGGCCAGGCGCUGCAGAAACUGCACCGCCAACGUGAAGCCCCUGCCCCCGCCCCAGGUGGUCACGCAGUGA